UUCUUGCCACCGUCGCGUCGUGCGCCGGCAAGGGAAACGUCUCGAGCAACGCGCGCUUCUUGAGAAGGAGAACAAAAAAAGACCCAGCAACAUGGAUACAGACCUGUAUGAUGAAUUUGGAAAUUAUAUUGGUCCAGAGCUUGAUUCUGAUGAUGAUGAUGAUGAAAUGGGUCGUGAAUCAAAAGAUCUUGAUGAGCCUGAUGAUGACGACGACGACGAUGAUAUGGGAGACCAUGAUGAAGACCACCCUGGGAUGGAUGUAGUGUUGCAUGAGGAUAAAAAAUAUUAUCCAACAGCUGAGGAAGUAUAUGGUCCUGAAGUAGAAACUAUAGUGCAGGAAGAAGACACACAGCCUCUUACAGAACCUAUUAUUAAACCAGUGAAGACCAAGAAAUUUUCCCUGAUGGAGCAAACAUUGCCAGUUACUGUAUAUGAAAUGGAUUUUCUUGCAGAUUUGAUGGACAACUCAGAACUGAUCCGGAAUGUUACACUUUGUGGACACCUACACCAUGGCAAGACUUGUUUUGUGGAUUGCCUGAUCGAACAGACACAUCCUGAGAUCAGGAAGCGAUACGACCAGGAUCUUUGCUAUACAGACAUUCUAUUCACUGAGCAAGAGAGGGGUGUUGGGAUUAAAAGCACCCCAGUGACCAUUGUCCUCCCUGACACCAAGGGCAAAUCAUUUCUCUUCAAUAUCAUGGAUACACCUGGUCAUGUAAACUUCUCUGAUGAGGUCACAGCAGGUCUUCGUAUUUCUGAUGGUGUGGUACUUUUUAUUGAUGCAGCUGAGGGGGUCAUGCUAAACACUGAGCGGUUAAUCAAGCAUGCAGUACAGGAAAGAUUGGCAGUGACAGUGUGUAUUAACAAAAUUGACCGACUGAUAUUAGAACUGAAGCUGCCACCUACUGAUGCCUAUUAUAAGUUGCGGCACAUAGUAGAUGAAGUCAACGGCUUAAUCAGCAUGUAUUCCACAGAUGAGAACCUGAUCCUUUCACCUCUUUUGGGCAAUGUUUGUUUUGCCAGCUCUCAGUAUAGCAUUUGUUUCACACUGGGUUCCUUUGCCAAGAUAUACGCUGACAUGUAUGGAGACAUCAAUUACCAGGAGUUUGCUAAGCGAUUGUGGGGAGAUAUCUAUUUCAACCCCAAGACGAGAAAAUUCACUAAAAAAGCGCCAACAAGUAGUUCCCAGCGAAGCUUUGUGGAAUUUAUUCUUGAGCCUCUUUAUAAAAUACUGGCCCAGGUAGUUGGAGAUGUAGAUACCACUUUGCCUCGAACUUUGGAUGAAUUGGGAAUCCACCUGACCAAGGAAGAGUUGAAAUUAAACAUCCGCCCCCUCUUGAGGCUUGUGUGCAAGAAAUUUUUUGGAGAAUUCACAGGUUUUGUGGAUAUGUGUGUGCAACACAUCCCCUCCCCCAAAAUAGGGGCAAAGACCAAGAUUGAGCAUACUUACACAGGCGGCGUUGACUCUGACCUAGGAGAGGCCAUGAGUGAAUGUGAUCCUGAUGGUCCACUUAUGUGCCAUACCACGAAAAUGUAUAGUACAGACGAUGGAGUCCAAUUCCAUGCAUUUGGCAGGGUAUUAAGUGGGACCAUCCAUGCAGAGCAACCUGUCAAGGUCCUUGGAGAAAACUACACUCUAGAAGAUGAAGAAGAUUCACAGAUUUGCACUGUGGGACGUCUUUGGAUCUCUGUAGCAAGGUACCAUAUAGAAGUUAAUAGAGUGCCAGCUGGUAACUGGGUGCUUAUUGAGGGGGUGGACCAGCCUAUCGUGAAGACAGCCACUGUCACUGAGCCCAGGGGCAAUGAAGAGGCUCAGAUAUUCCGUCCCUUGAAGUUCAAUACCACAUCUGUGAUCAAAAUAGCUGUGGAGCCUGUAAAUCCAUCCGAGCUGCCCAAAAUGUUGGAUGGCCUGCGGAAAGUCAAUAAGAGCUAUCCCUCUCUCACCACCAAGGUAGAAGAAUCUGGGGAACAUGUGAUCUUGGGAACAGGAGAGCUCUAUCUUGACUGUGUAAUGCAUGAUCUUCGGAAAAUGUAUUCAGAGAUUGAUAUCAAGGUAGCUGAUCCUGUGGUCACAUUCUGUGAGACAGUUGUGGAAACAUCUUCCCUGAAGUGUUUUGCUGAGACACCCAAUAAGAAAAACAAGAUUACAAUGAUUGCUGAGCCUCUAGAAAAGGGUCUGGCUGAAGACAUUGAGAAUGAAGUUGUGCAAAUAACAUGGAACAGGAAAAAGCUGGGUGAGUUUUUCCAGACAAAAUAUGACUGGGAUUUGUUGGCUGCUCGUUCUAUCUGGGCCUUUGGACCAGAUGCUACUGGACCAAACAUCUUGGUGGAUGAUACCUUACCUUCAGAGGUUGACAAAACCCUCUUAGGUUCUGUGAAGGACAGUAUUGUGCAAGGCUUCCAAUGGGGGACUAGAGAAGGGCCCCUGUGUGAUGAAUUGAUCCGUAAUGUGAAAUUUAAGAUCUUGGAUGCUGUUAUUGCUCAGGAACCAUUACAUCGGGGAGGUGGACAGAUCAUUCCAACAGCCCGCCGGGUGGUAUAUUCUGCCUUCCUCAUGGCCACACCACGGUUAAUGGAGCCGUAUUAUUUCGUGGAGGUACAGGCUCCUGCUGACUGUGUCUCUGCAGUGUACACUGUCUUGGCCAGGCGUAGAGGCCAUGUAACUCAAGAUGCACCAAUCCCAGGAUCCCCUCUGUAUACUAUCAAAGCCUUUAUCCCAGCUAUUGACUCUUUUGGAUUUGAGACAGACCUCAGGACACAUACCCAGGGACAAGCAUUCUCGCUCUCUGUCUUUCACCACUGGCAAAUUGUGCCAGGUGAUCCCCUGGACAAGAGCAUCGUGAUCAGACCUCUUGAGCCACAGCCAGCCCCACACCUAGCCAGAGAAUUUAUGAUCAAAACUAGACGCAGGAAGGGUCUAAGUGAGGAUGUGAGCAUCAGCAAGUUUUUCGAUGACCCUAUGUUGCUGGAAUUGGCCAAACAGGAUGUGGUGCUGAACUAUCCCAUGUGAUUAUGCUGGAUUUGGCUCAAUUCCUUCUCCUCCUCCUCCUCUGUCACGUUCCAGCAAGGCUGUUUCAUUCUUGCUGCUACUAUCCCAUAGUCAAGACAGAUUUUUGACGUACCAAUUUUAUAAGAGCAGAUCCCAGCUUUGUUGUAAACAAACCACUUUGGCGAUCAUCCUACUUCAUUCUUCAAUAAAGCUUCGUCCCUUCUCUUAGAGAACUGGGCUGUGCUCGUGUCCUCAACUUUCUACAUUGGAAAAGUAUAAUUUCAAGCCUAUUCAAUUGUGUUCAUUUUUUUAGGAAAAAAAAUGUAACCAAUUGUUAAUUUAUCUUUGUCUAAAACAAUACCAAGCUGCUUGAAAGAUUGAGGGAAAUUUUAAUCUCUUCCAUUCCAACUGAAUUAUGACUUAAUAAUCCAGUUUGCUCGCAGUAGGCAGCACAGUGAUUCUUUACUGCCAGAUACUGUUUAGAUUGGGAAAGAUGAAGAACUCGGCAGCAGUUCCAUAAGAGAAUAUUUACUGUCCUGUUAAAGUUAACAGGAGAUACAAAUGUAUAAAGUCCCAUCUUUCUUGCUAUCUUCAUUCAUUCAAGUUUUACUUUGGACAUCUGAUUUAGGUUUCAAUGUAGAAUAGCAUAAAGAGAAUAAAUAUUUUUAUGUCUUGAAA